CAAAUGGGUAUGUGUUUAUACAUAUUUAAGUUUCGAAAGAACAUGCUUACGCGAAAUUAGCGUCUUCAUCGUACUAGCCAAUUGCACGGAGGAUGUUUUCCCGCCAUAUUAGUAAAAUUCGUUUCGGUUACAUAAAGAAACAGUGCAAUACAAUGAGUAUAGCAGCAGAAAAUGGCAGAGGGGACAAUGCACAGAAGAAAAAAACCAUUGAGCGCAUAUACCAAAAGAAGUCUCAAUUGGAACAUAUUUUAUUACGACCUGAUACAUAUAUUGGUUCUGUAGAACCGGUAUGCGAAUUAAUGUGGAUUUACGAUAAAGAAAAAGAAUGCAUGAUACAAAGGGAAAUAAAAUAUGUUCCUGGAUUAUAUAAAAUAUUUGAUGAAAUUUUAGUCAAUGCAGCAGAUAAUAAACAAAGAGAUCCUAAAAUGGAUACCAUUAAAAUUGAAAUUGAUUCAACAAAUAAUAUUAUAUCUGUAUGGAAUAAUGGUAAAGGCAUUCCAGUAGUAAUUCAUAAAGAAGAAAAUAUGUAUGUUCCCACAAUGAUAUUUGGUCAUUUAUUAACAUCAUCUAAUUAUGAUGAUGAAGAAGAAAAAGUAACUGGUGGUAGAAAUGGCUAUGGUGCCAAAUUGUGUAAUAUUUUUAGUCAUCGUUUUACUAUAGAGACAGCAUCCAAGGAAUAUAAGAAAUGCUUAAAGCAGACAUGGAAUAAUAACAUGGGAAGUGCAAGUGAACCACGAAUUAAAGAUUUCUCUGGCGAAGACUUUACAAAAGUCAUAUUUUCGCCAGAUUUAUCAAAAUUCAAAAUGGAUUGUUUAGAUGAUGAUAUAAUUGCUCUGAUGUCUCGAAGAGCCUAUGAUGUAGCAGCUUCUAGCAGAGGCGUUAAAGUUUACCUUAAUGGUAUUAGAAUUCCAGUGAAAAAUUUCAGAGAUUACGUUGACUUCUACAUUAAGGGUAAAGAGGAUGAUAUUGGCAAUCCUUUGAAAAUUGCAUACGAAAGUUGUGGACCGCGCUGGGAAGUAGCUGUGACUAUAUCGGAUAAAGGGUUUCAACAAAUGUCUUUCGUAAAUAGCAUUGCAACAACAAAGGGUGGUCGGCACGUAGAUCAUGUCACGGAAUUAAUAGUGAAACAAUUGACAGAAACUUUAAAAAAGAAAAAUAAAGGCGGACUAACAAUUAAGCCAUUUCAAAUAAAAAAUCAUUUAUGGAUUUUUAUUAAUUGUCUCGUUAAUAAUCCUACGUUUGAUUCGCAAACUAAGGAAAACAUGACACUGCAAGCUAAAAGUUUUGGAUCCAAGUGCACACUCAGUGAUAAAUUUAUUACUUCUAUAGCGAAAACUGGCAUUGUAGAAGCAAUUUUAACAUGGGCAAAAUUUAAAGCAGAUAGUCAAUUGCAGAAAUUAGGACCUAAAUCGAAGCAAAGAAAAUUACAAGGGAUACCAAAAUUAGAAGAUGCUAAUGACGCUGGAACUGCUAAAUCAUUAGAUUGUACGCUUAUAUUAACCGAAGGAGAUUCGGCCAAAACUAUGGCUGUAUCUGGGCUUGCAGCUAUAGGUAGAGAUAAAUAUGGUAUAUUUCCUCUAAGAGGUAAAAUCUUAAACGUAAGGGAAGCAACGCAUAAACAAAUAUUAGAAAAUGCAGAGAUUAAUAAUCUAAUAAAAAUUCUUGGUCUUCAAUAUAAAAAGAAAUAUGAAACACGUGACGAUUUAAAAACACUGCGGUAUGGAAAAUUGAUGAUAAUGACUGAUCAGGACCAGGAUGGUUCUCAUAUCAAAGGACUAUUGAUUAAUUUUAUUCAUCAUAAUUGGCCAUCACUACUGAAAUUAAAUUUUGUAGAGGAAUUUAUUACACCUAUUGUUAAGGCAUCAAAGGGAAAUCAAGUGUUGAGUUUUUUCUCUUUACCAGAAUUUACCAAGUGGAAAUCUGAAACCGAUAAUUAUCAUACUUACAAGAUCAAAUACUACAAAGGUUUGGGUACCUCUACAGCUAAAGAGGCGAAAGAAUAUUUUGAGAACAUGGCUAGACACAGAAUUAGAUUCAGGUACGAUGGCGAUCACGAUGAUCAAAACAUAAUAAUGGCCUUUAGCAAGAAAUGCGUUGAUCAGCGUAAAGAUUGGUUAAUGAAUCACAUGGAUGAAACAAAGAGAAGAAAAGAGAUUGGCCUUGGGGAGCGUUACUUGUAUGAAAAAGAUACACGUACAGUGACGUUCUCUGAUUUCAUUAAUGUUGAAUUAGUUUUAUACAGUAAUUACGAUAAUGUUCGAUCCAUACCUAAUAUGAUUGAUGGUUUUAAACCCGGGCAAAGAAAAGUAAUUUAUACAUGUUUAAAACGUAACGACAAACGUGAAGUUAAAGUCGCCCAGCUAGCUGGUUCUGUUGCUGAACAUUCUGCAUACCAUCAUGGCGAAACCUCUCUUAUGUCAACUAUCAUAAACCUUGCGCAGAAUUUUGUAGGAAGCAACAACAUUAAUUUACUUCAACCGAUUGGUCAGUUUGGUACCAGGCUUGCAGGAGGAAAAGACGCGGCAAGUCCUCGAUACAUAUUCACAAUGCUUAGUCCACUAGCUAGACUCAUAUUCCAUAAACACGACGAUGCUUUAUUAAAGCAUGAGUAUGAUGAUAAUCAAAAAAUUGAACCCGUCUACUAUAUACCAACAAUACCAAUGGUAUUGGUGAACGGUGCUGAUGGUAUUGGCACUGGUUGGAUGACCAAAAUACCAAAUUAUAAUCCUAGAGAAAUAAUUGAAAAUUUGUUUAGAAUGAUGGACGAUGCUGAUCCAAAACCUAUGGUACCGUAUUAUAAAAAUUUUAAAGGUACUAUUGAGAGUUGCGGAGACUUUAGAUACGUUAUUAGCGGGGAAAUUUCGGUGAUCGGACCUGAUAAGGUUGAAAUUACUGAACUUCCAAUUGGUAUUUGGACGCAAGUAUACAAAGAAACUGUGUUAGAGCCCAUGUUACAUGGAUCGGAUAAAACUCCUGCGAUUAUUACCGAUUACAAGGAAUAUAAUACAGACACGUCUGUACAUUUUAUAGUAAUAUUAAACCGUGAUAAGUUAGUUGAAUUAGAAAGAGAUGGCCUUCAUAAAGCUUUUAAAUUGCAAACGACAACGACAGUUACAUCUAUGUGUGCGUUCGAUGAAAAUCAAUGCUUACAAAAGUAUGAUUCUUCCCUUCAAAUUUUAAGAAACUUUUACAAAGUAAGAAUGGAAGCGUAUCAUAAACGAAAGGCUUAUUUGGAGGGUAUACUGCAAGCAGAGGCAUCGAAACUUUCCAAUCAAGCACGAUUCAUUUUAGAAAAGUGCGAUGGUAAUUUAGUAAUAGAAAAUAAGAAGAAAAAGGAUAUGAUAGCUGAAUUAGUUACACGGGGAUACGAAUCCGACCCAAUAAUAGCUUGGAAAUUAUCACAGAAUAGAGAAGAAGUUUUAGAAGAAGUUGCUGAUAAUGCUGAAGAUGAAGGUGCUUUGUCAACCACUGCCAUAGGGCAAGAAAAUUUUGAUUAUUUAUUAGGAAUGACUUUAUGGAGUUUAACAAAGGAAAGGAAGGAUGAACUGUUACGUCAAAGGGACGAAAAAUUAGUUGAAUUGAAGAGACUGCAAGCUCGUACACCUGUCUCUUUAUGGAAAGAGGAUUUGGAUAAUUUAUUGAGCGAAUUAAAUAAAAUAGAAGAAAAAGAGCGAAAAGAUGAGCAGAAAUCGAGGCAAACAAUUAAAAAACCACCACAAAGAUUUUAUUCCUCAGACGAAAUGCGUAGAGUAGAACCUGUGAUUGACACGGAAUUGAAAAAGAAAAUUGAGAAAGCAAACAUUGUAUCCAAAGACAAAAAAGAAGGAAUUAAAAAACAGAAGAUAAAGAAAGAUGUUUCAGAAGAUAAAGAUGAACUUGAUGCAUUAGUUGAAGCAAGUGCUAAGUCUCUAGAAGACAGACUGGGUACUUCUCCUGAAAAAAUAGCUGGCAAAAAGAAAUUGAAACAGACAACAUUGUCAUUUAAGCCAAAGGCAAAGAAAGGAGACAAAAAGAAAGAGAAAGAGAAAGAGAAAGACUCUGACGAUGAGGAUGACAUUGAUUUUGGUAGUAUUUCUCCACCACCGGCACCACGUGCAUUACGUAAAACUGCAGUUAAGAAGAAAUAUAACCUGAGUAGUGAAGACAAUUCGUCCAGCGACGAUGUGAUCAGUGUUUCUUCAGAUACAGAACUGAAAACCAAACAAGCCGCAACUGUAAAUAGUGAUUCCGAUGAUAUCUUUAACAAAGUACAUAAUAAGAAACCAAGUUCAGAAGAACUAUUUGACUCCUUAGUCGGUAGUUCUCCAGAUAAACAACAAAGACCUGCUAUAACAUCUAGUGAAGAUUCCUCUAUACUAUUCUCGCCACCUAAAAAGUCUCCUGUUAAAAAGAAAGCUGAAAAUGGCGGAGGAAAAGGAGUGAAAAGACAAUUAAAAAAAAAAGUAGUUUCUUCUGAUUCGGAAUCAGAGGAUGCCACAUUUGCAAGUAAAAAAUCACCUAUAAAGAAACGAAAGAAGAAGUCUGAUUCGGAGGACGACUCCUCUACAAUAAUAGAUAAUUCUCCACCCGUAGCACCAAGAAAAACAGCUGGCCGUUCUCGUAAACCUGUUUCCUAUGCCAUUCAAUCGGAUGACGAUGAUUCCAAUUGAUCAACUUUCUAUAGUGUCCAGGAUCGAACUGCAAAAAACACAAUCUUAAGUUGAAUUACAAUGCAAAUGAUUGUUAAAAAUUUUGUGAUCGUAUUUGAUAUAAAUUUUAACAAAUUAUGCCUUAAGGAUCAUAAUCAAUAUUAAUAAUUUUGUAUAACGUUGUACAUAUAUGUAUUAGGAAAUAUGGAUAGUAUUUUAAGAAAAUGAAAUUUUACAACAACGACAAGAAAAUUCGUUGGUCACAUUACGCAUACACGUUAGCAAGUUUAAUAACACGGUCUCCUUUUCCUAUUUUAAUUUUCACGGAAUACUCCAUGUUUUGUAAUAAAAAAAAAUUAAUAAAAUAACAUAUUUUUACAUGUGUUAGAACGGUAGUUAAUACACAAUUUUUUUAACAUGUAUCAAUGUGUAAUCGUUCAGUAAAAAAAAAAAUUGUAAUAAUCCACGUAUUCAUUGGCGUAACUAGGUAGGAGCUGAAGUUGGUCUGGCCUCCCUCUAAAAAACGGGGUUGGUCCUCUUACCAUUCUAAAAUUUUGAAAUUUUGAAGUUCAGAAUUUUAAAUUAAUUUCCCGAAAGACCUGACCCACCUCAGAAAGGAACCCUAGUUACGCCAAUGUACAUAUUCAUUUCAUGUACAUACCAUGCGUAUUUCGAAUAUUUCCAAUGUAUUUAUUAGUGAUCAUGAUUUUUAUUCAUAGUAGGUAUACUCCAAAAAAAAAUAUUUGAUGUUCUGUGUACUCUAAAUAAGUAUAGAAAAGUGCAUAGAAGUACAAGAGUGUCGCGAAAAAUUUAAUUGUAUUGAAAUUUUUGCAUUUAUAAUGAAUACAAUUAUAGACAUUACAGUGCGUCAUUUACAUUCAGUUAACAAUUAUUUAUUCUUUUCCUUUUUAUGGUAUAUUCUAUUUUCAUAGUAACACAUGUACAUGUACCAGAAAUGUUUCUUUUUUUACUGUUCAUUAUAAACAUAUCUUUAAUCAAUAAAGUACUUACCAUAACGUGCAAAUAUCAUUACCUAAUACUGAAAUAAAAUAAAGCACUAUUAGUGUACGCACAACUUAACAAUGCUAAUUUGUAUACGAACUGCAUCGACACAUAUUUUUCGUGUGCUGAACAGUUUUAAUAUUCUAAUAAGAAUAACUGGUAAACUAACAACUAUUUUUUCAAAAAAGAAAAAUGAUCUUUCUGAUAAAAAAAGUAUACAUGUUCAACAUUGUAGGGAAAGCAUACACUGUUAUACGUGAUUGAUAUUUAAUUAAUAAGUUUACUAAGUUUAAAUUAUACACAAAUACGUAAAUUUAUUGCUAUAACGUUUCAUACACCAUCCUCGACGCAAUUCCUGUUGUUUAUGAGGAAGAUCGUGACUAUGCUGACACGUAGGGGCAAUAAAAAAGAUUUAUAUUAUUUAGUAAAGAUUUGUUAUUUUAAUUACUUUUGUUUUGUUCAUUCAUAAUACUUGAAACUCUACAUGUACACAUUGGCGUAACUAGGAUUUUUUGCUGGGAUGAGCCAGGUUUCUUAGAAAAUUUAAAAUUUCUAUUUCGAAACCAGAAAACUUUAAAUUUGGAAAUUUCAAAAUUCGAACCAGGAACUUGAAAUUUUUUGAAAUGUUGAAAUUUGAAUUUUGGAAUUAGGAUUUUAAAAAUUGAAUUUUAAAAUUCUGGAAUUUGUUAAUAUUAAAAAUUUUAAUGAUUUGAUAGUCAAUCACCGCUUUGGAGAAGGAGGCAACAAAAUAUGUGAGGCCAGACCCACCUUGGCCUCUACCUAGUUACGCCAAUGCAUGUACAAUUAUAUGAGCACGUAGAGCUAAAAAUAUUAUUUUUUAUCUACGGAAUGAGACCCAUACGUUUUGCUGAUCAGGUGAUAUAAUAAACUGGGGCUUUUGUGCAACAAAUUUGAUGAAAAUAAAAAAAAAAAGAAAUUAAUCUUUUAGAAAAAAAAAUUUGUUUCUGAUAUAUGCGUUUGAUAGUUUUAUUAACGAUGCAUUUUUAAGGAGUUUUCAUUAUAUACAAAUGCAAAAUUCUUUUCUAUCGCAAAACAUAUAAACAUGGCUUGGUAUAGAUUUGCUUCCUAUCGUUACAAAUAAUCUCAGACUGAGAUUUUUUUAUGCAAUAAAUGCUCGUUAAAUGAUUUCUUUCACUUCUUUUUGUCCGUAUUAAGUAAUUUAGUUACUUCGUAGAAAAAACGUUACCUUUUCUCUCAUUUAAAAGAAGUGUUUUUCGUAAAGUUUACUGGCCAAAGUAUGAUAUUACUUUUGUCCAAGAAUAGUAUGCAACUGUUCUUUUUUUUUGCAAGAAUUAAAUUAUAAUAAAUAAAACAACUAAUCAUGACUACCGCAACUGUUAAUAUUUAAACAACAAAAUUCUACGCAA